GUGAAAAUAUUGUCUUUGUUAAAAUUUAUAUGUUUAUAUGUAUAAAAAUGUGAUGCUGGAAAAUUUGGUGAUCAAAAGUAUCUUUCUUUGGUGAUCAUUUGUAUCUAAAAGCGUUUGGUGAUCAAAACAAUUGACACCCUAUUAGAAAGUAUUUGUGAGCUCUAGAAAACUGAGAAAAAUGCAUACAUACAGUUGAACGGUAUGAUUUAACAUCGGGUCACUAUCGGCCUCUGCUUCUUAACAACCAAGAACAAUGUCAGAAUUCUGACAUCGUCAGUUUGUAGAGAAUUUAAAAUGGUUUCUUUACAUAUGUUACACAUGAUCUAAGCAUCUGUUCAAGGUAGAUUACAAGGUCACAAAUAUGAGUGGUCGGAUGUCAAAAAAUUGAAUUUAAAAAUCGCAUCCAUUUUCAUAGGGUUACAGUGACACGGUGGGCGUCGACUAUGAAAAAUGAUCAGCUCACCGAGUCCUAUAAGACAGACACCUCAAAAACGUUUUUAUAUAUAUUCAUAUUUCGCUAGGUGGAGUAUACUUUCGAGCACUUGUGACCCAUAAACUAUAAUAGAGCUGCUAUAUCUUUUAUCUUUUGUGUUCUAACUUUAGGUGUCAUGUGCUGCUGAUCGUACCCAAUCAGUUCUCAAUGAUUUAGCUAGACGUAAAAGUGAAUUUUUAGACGUGAAUCAAGGCAAUAAAAAUGAGAUGUCAACAAUUUUAACACGUACACCAUUAUCAGAACUAAUUGGUUAUAGUUCAUCAUUGAGAUCAUUAGCGAGCGGUCAAGCUAAUUUCACUAUGGAUUUAGACGGUUAUGAUUCAACAGUUAGUGAACAAAAACAACAAUUGUUACAAAAAUCUGGACAGUUAUAG